GUUCAAUUUCCGGGGAGAGUAAUUUCAAAUGUGGAUUUCUAUAAUAAAUUCAAUACUGGUAAGUAUGGAAACAGUUAUGAUAGCAUUUGGCCCCACGGUUGGCAGAAUAAGUUAGAUAAUGUAUUACAGAAGAACAGCGGACCUUAUGGUGUCAAAGGGAAAAUCGUGAAAGCUUAUUAUUACGCGUCCAAAAUGAAGGAGGACCACCCGGAGGAUGAUACACCUUGUAAAUUCUUUUACUACUGGGUGGGAAAUUUUGUCUCCCAUGAACCAGAUACGACUGAAUUGUCGAACGUCCUGAAAAAAGUUUACGGAGCGCUCACUGAUACUCCCUAUAAGAACAAGUGUAGUGUCAUAUACCCGGACAAUGAUAUCUGGGGAAAGUUCGACCGAAUGAAAGAAUUACACAAUUUUUCUUAUGAUUAUGGUACCAUACGGAGCACUGUGGAAAAAUGUAAUCCUGAGGAUUAUUCGAAAUAUUUAGCGUACCUGCACGGAAUUGCUUCAUCGUGUAAGCUUGUGGGCACAGAUUGCUCGGAGGGUCAGGAGAGAAGUCCACAUUGUGGCGAUUUCAAUAAGAAAUAUAAGGAUUACUGUGAGAACGAGCAGCCCAAGCUGAUAUCUCUGCUCAGUAAGUGCAGUCCACCAAAACCCAAACCAAAUCCCAAUCCAAACCAAGCUGGUAGUAGUGGUUCCUUUAGUGAUGCAGAUGUAAGUGGUGAAUGUGAAUUGGAUGAUUUACCUUCAAAGGAAGCAUACAGGAAGUUCGACGAAGGAGAAGAGGGCGCCGUGCACGGUACAACUGAGUGCACCGUAGGAACAGUGAAGGCUAAAUUGGACACUGCAUUAAAGAGUUAUCCGAAUAUUAAGAAUAAUGCAGAGAACAUUGCAAAAGCUUGGUGUAAGAUAAUUAAUGGAGCGCAAGACCAAGGAGGAAGAGGUAAGAAAGUGGAUGGUCCCCCAUACUAUUUAUUCCAUUAUUGGUUAGGGGAGAAAGCAUGGGACAGUGUAGACGGGAAUAAUCCAUUUAAGGAAAUUAUAGGUAAUAUUUACCUUGCACUGGGGGAUGGGUUUAAUAAUAUUAUUCGUGACCGUUUAUGUGAGGAUAUUGACAAAGUCCCUUUCACCCAAUUGAAGAGAGUUUUCGAGUACUCCGUAGACUAUUCAACUAUAGAAGCGUGCAUAGAAAAAUUCCAGACUUGCGGGUUCAACUGUACUGAAAUGUAUUCUGAAUACCUGAACGCAGCUGUUAGUGCACAUGAUGGAAUAAGAGAAUACUGCACACAGGGGAAAAAUUUUAAGAAUAUAUGUUGUACCCAUCUUCAAAGAAUGUUCGACCAGAGCGGUGGGAGCAAUAUUCCGGAGCCAUCAGAAUUAAAAUCUCAAUUAGAAUCUUUACAAAAAGCUACAGUGCCAGAAAAAGAAACAAUAUCCUCCACCACCACCUCCAACACUCCUGCUGUUGCUUCUUCCACAAUUGCAUUAAUAGGGAUCCCAGCACUGGGAUUCUACCUAUAUAAGGUAAUUACCACUAUGCGCACACAAUGUAAAAUAUGA